AUGGCCGAGCCCGAAGUCCUAUGUGGCUACACCGAGGAGGUCUCGAUGGCCCGAUUCGUCUAUAUCUCAAUCGGCGGAGGUGUCGCGUGCAUCGGAUGCAUCUGUAAUCUCAUCCUUCUCUAUCUAUUCACGUUCCGCCAGUUAGCCAACUCCCCUCCCCAAUUGUAUCCAGCGAUUUUGGCGUUUUUGGAUACGCUACUUUGUUUUUUCUUCCUUAUGAUUUUUGUAGUCGAUGUCAAUAUGAUUUAUAAUAAGAGUGAGUACCUCUUCCUUCUAUUCCAUCGUUAUAUCAUCAUGACAUUUUGCACUGCAAAACUCGUCCAAUUCCUUAUCCCAUAUUUACUAAUGCUGGGAACCCUUGAGAGGUACACAUGGAUUGAUAAUAAGCACAAUAAGAUGGCUCUGCUACAACCAAAGUACCGCCCGUUCACUCUGGGAGGUCUUCUACUCGGCGCUAUCAUGCUCCGGGUGCCAUCUGCUAUGGCACUAACGGUCACACAAUUUCCAAAGUGUGCAGAUUUUUUCCGGACUCUUGCGGUGGAUGUGGAGGAGUGGGCACAGGUAAAUAUAGCAAAAGGGAUAUGA